CUAAUCGCCCCGAAUCUCUCUCCUCCAUUUCUCUCUCUCUCUCUUUUCUUUUUUCCUAUUUCGCUUCUCAGUUUCAUUUCUCAAAUUUGUUUUCCAUCUAAGCCGCCGAUUAUAUCAUCGGCGGACAUGGAGCCGUUAACAUCAGGAGCGAGCAAUCGGAUAAUUCCGAUACUCAAAACCCUAAGAACAUUCAUUGUUUUUCUCCAAACUAUUUUUCUGUCUCUAAUUUUACUUCUCCUCCCUCGCCGCUCUCAGCCGUCUACGUCGGUGGAGUCGGCGCCACCUAUGAAGAGGCGGUCUUUGUGGAGACUUGAAGAGGAGGAUACGUUGAGAAGAAGAGCACUUGCUGAGGAUAUUGAUAUGUUGACCGGCGACGUGGACUAUCAGUGUGAAUGGAAUACUUAUUUGUUCUUUGGUGUCAGACGUAACGCUCUCUUUUGUCGGUCUUGGGUACCGGUCGACGGGAAAUUGAAGGGCAUUUUGAUUAUCAUUCAUGGGCUUAAUGAGCACAGUGGAAGAUAUGCUCAGUUUGCAAAACAAUUGACCUCAUGCAACUUUGGAGUCUAUGCAAUGGAUUGGAUAGGCCAUGGUGGGAGUGAUGGAUUGCAUGGAUAUGUUCCUUCACUAGACCAUGUUGUUGCGGACACUGGGGCCUUCUUGGAAAAGAUAAAGUCAGAACACCCUGGGGUUCCCUGCUUCCUUUUUGGUCACUCCACAGGAGGGGCUGUAGUUUUAAAGGCAGCCACACAUCCUCGCAUAGAAGACAUGCUGGAGGGAAUUGUAUUAACCUCACCAGCUUUGCGUGUUAAGCCAGCACAUCCUAUUGUAGGGGCUGUGGCUCCUAUUUUUUCUCUGGUUGUCCCAAGGUUCCAAUUUAAAGGAGCAAACAAACGGGGCAUUCCAGUUUCCAGGGAUCCUGCAGCACUUAUGGCCAAGUACUCUGAUCCAUUGGUCUAUACAGGGCCUAUAAGGGUUCGAACAGGCCAUGAGAUACUGCGUAUAUCCUCUUACUUGAUACGUAACUUCAAGUCUGUGACUGUACCAUUCUUUGUUCUUCAUGGAACUGCGGAUAAAGUGACAGACCCGCUAGCAUCUCAGGAUUUGUACUGUCAGGCAGCCUCAAAGUUCAAAGACAUAAAGCUAUACAACGGAUUCUUGCAUGACCUCCUCUUUGAGCCUGAACGUGAAGAGAUCGGGCAGGAUAUCAUCAGCUGGAUGGAGAAGAGACUAGGUGCCUAGUCUGAAAUUGCCUACAGUCAGUGGUAGAUUAUCUGUGGCAGGGAAUAUCUGAUGGACAGGGAAGGGAUUAAGUGCCAAGUCUGAAGAUGUCUAUAGUUGCUUGUAGGUUAUCAAGUAAAAUAGGAAUCUCAGGGUUCAAUUAUUCACCCACGUUCUGCAUUGCAUACAUGCAGCUUGUAAUUAUACGAUAAUGCUCUUAAGUAUAGGUUUUCUUUUUAUGUGUUCGUACGUUAUUUUAUCUAUUUUUUUAAAAUUUUACGAGUAAAGAUCCAUUUUCAUUA